CAGCAGCCUUUGCGGCAGGGGAAGGAAAAUGAAAACGGCCAUGUCGUGGUAGAGAUCAGCAGCGGAGCGGGUUACUGAGGUUCAGAGCAUCGUUUACGGAUUUGUGUUAUGUAGUCUGAGAGCUGCGGCUCUGAAAAUAACGCACACGACGCCUUGUGUGGCAGAAAAGAUUUUCUUUGGAAGUAAAUAAAGCGGAAAUAAAGCGAGAGGGCAAAGAUGAGCGGAGGAGGGACGCCGUACCUCGGCAGCAAAAUCAGCCUCAUCUCAAAGGCCGAGAUCCGCUAUGAAGGAAUUUUGUACACCAUUGACACCGAAAACUCGACUGUAGCUCUCGCUAAAGUUCGCUCUUUUGGUACUGAAGAUCGGCCCACGGACAGACCUAUUCCUCCUCGGGAUGAGAUCUUUGAGUACAUCAUCUUCCGAGGCAGUGAUAUUAAAGACCUAACGGUUUGUGAGCCACCAAAAGCCACUAGUGCCCUUCCUCAGGACCCUGCCAUAGUUCAAUCAUCAAUUGGAUCCUCAAGCACUGCAGCAGCUCCGUCAUUCCAGGCUCCUGGGUCCUAUGCACCUUUCAGCAGGGCCCCUGCCCCAUCAUACAGCCAGUUUGGUGUUGCACCCAUUGGUUCUCAACAGUUUGGAUCUGCUGGAGCAGUAGGGCGCACUAGUCCCCAGUUGGACUCUUUAACAAAGAAUCCCACCCUCGAGCAGGCAGUGCAGGCCCCACCAUCAGCUGCCUCAGCUCCACCUGCACCUGUAGGGCUGAGGAGUCAGGCAGGGGCAGCGGCAGGUUCCAGAACUACCGCUGGCAACCAGAAGCCUCCAGACCUCCUAGAGCAGAGAAAAGUUCCUGAGGUUCAAAAGGUGGCACAGCCAGAUAAUGAACAUGGUGCUGUUGAAAACCGGGAUCCCAACAAGCGCCAAGGUGCCGGUGUUCAAUCUACCAACCGCCGCGGCCGUGGAAGAGGAAACCGCAGCAGGGGCAAAGUAAACGUGCGCAGAGAUGGCACGGUGAAGUUUGACGAAGACUUUGACUUUGAGACUGCUAACGCCCAGUUUCACAAAGACGAGAUUGACAAAGAGCUCCAGAACAAGCUCAAACUCAAAGAUGACAAAACUGAAAAGGCGCUCAAUGGAGAGGACUCAGAGCAUCCAGUCAGUGAAGGGGCUGCUGAGGAGGAGGAGGCUGUGAUGAAUACCUGCUACUAUGACAAGUCCAAGUCCUUCUUUGAUAACCUGUCCUGUGAUGACGCCAGGGAUCGAAGGCCAACCUGGGCCGAGGAGAGACGAAUGAACGCUGAGACGUUCGGCAUCCCUCUGAGGCACAACCGAGGAAGAGGAGGUUACCGUGGCCGAGGCUUCAUGGGACCCCGCGGAGGCCGAGGACGACCGGCGAGCAGAGGCUCCUUCGGACCACCCCGCGGUGCUCCACCUGGUUUUAGAGGCGGAUUCAGAGGUGGCAGAGGAGGCCGGGAUUUCUCUGAUUUUGAAUACAGGAAGGAAAACAAAGUGGCUGCAUAGUACUGCAGUGAUGGACCCAUGAAGAAUGGUAGCCAGUCAUCAUGAAAUUGUAUUCAUCCAACAAAGUUUCUCAGCAUUUGACA